GUGAAUGUUGAGAAAACAAAAAUGGUUGUAUUUAGAAAGGGAAUCAAACUCCCGAAACAUUGUACAUGGUUAUAUGAUAGUAAACCUAUAGAAGUUGUGAACAGUUUCAAUUACCUGGGGGUGAAUUUAUUUUAUAAUGGUAAAUUUGUCAAAGCUCAGUUAAUAAUUUCAUCUCAAGGGAGAAAGUGUAUGUUUAAUAUACUUAAUAUAUGUAACAAAAAUUCACUAAAUAUUGAAGCUAAAUUAAAUGUAUUUGAUUCCUACGUCUCACCUGUUCUAAAUUAUGGUUGCGAAAUAUGGGGUUUUAGA